GGCGGGAGCCCGGAGCGGGGCCGGGGCUGCAGCCGGAGCCGGGCGGGCCCGGCCCUAUGGGCAGCGGCUGCGGGGCGGUGCGGGGCGGUGCGGGACGCUGCCCGCCGCGGCCAUGUCCGCUCCGGCCGCACCUGCGGAGCCCGAGCGGGGCGGCGGCGGCGCGGCCGAGGCCGAGGAGGCUCCUCCGGGCCGGCGGAGGAAGGCCCGGGCCGGCUCCCUGCGCAGGGCCCUCAGCUGGCUCCGGGGCCGGCGGCGGCGGAGGAAGGGCGGCAGCUCCCCGGGCGCGGCGGAGGGGCGAGGCGCUGCCAAGGAGGCCGAGAAGCGGCUGAGUGUGCAGUACACGGCGGGCGAGGAAUGCCCCGACAAUGUCUUCUUCCCCAGCACACGGCCCCCACACCUGGAGGAGCUGCACAACCAGGCCCAGGAGGGUCUCAAGUCCCUACAGUACCAGGAGAAGCAGAAGCAGACCAAAAGUGCCUGGGACCACGGGGACACCAGCAGCCUCCAGUCCUGCACAUCCUCGGAGGAUGACAGCGGGUCCUUCCGGAGCCGGGCGGCCUCCUGUGCCACGGACAGCACCUCUGAGGACGCCCUGUCCAUCCGCUCCGAGAUGAUCCAGCGCAAAGGUUCCACCUUCCGACCCCACGACUCCUUCCCCAAGUCCUCCGAGAGGGCUGGUAAGAAGAGGAAGGAGAGGAGGACGACGGUGCUGGGCAUCCCCCAGCACGUGCAGAAGGAGCUGGGUCUCAGGAGCAGUCGUGAGGCGGAUGGGCGCGGGCAGGGCGGUGGCCGGGCGCCGCAGUCGCUGCUGAACGGGGGGCAGGUCUCUGGCGACGCCGUGCGCAUCCCGACCAUCGACGGGAAGCUGCAGCCGCCGCCCGGCCCCGCCGGCGCCCGCGUCCGCCUCGGAGCCUUGGAGGAGGCAGACGCGGCCCUGCAGAAGCACAUCGACCGGGUUUACUACGACGACACGUUGCUGGGGAGGAAGACGAUGGCCAAGCUGUCGCCCGUGGCGAGGCCGAAGUCGCUGGCGGUGCCGGGCAUGACCACCAACGCCAGCCCCCCGGAGCUGCUGAGCCCCGUCAUGUCCAUCUCGCCCCAGGGCACCUACAUGUCCAAGAUCAUCCCCAACGCCAUCCUGCCGCCCAUGGUGGACGUGGUGGCGCUGACGCGCAGCAGCGUGCGGACGCUGAGCCGCUGCAGCCUGGUGUCGUCCAGCCCGGCCUCGGUGCGCUCCCUCGCCCGCUUCUCGGAGCGCAGCUGCCGCAGCCGGGAGCCGUCGUCCUCCAGCGACAACUGGAGCCACUCGCAGUCCACUGAGACCAUCGUGUCCAACAGCUCCACCAUCUCCUCCCAGGGCGGCUCCGAGCGCCGGCAGCCCGAGGCGGUGCCGCGCUCCGAGGCCGCCGCUCGCUGCGACUCCGACCAGAUCAGCGUCUACAGCUCUGCCGGCUUCACCGGCUCCUGCGCCCAGCCCCGCCCCGCGCCCCCGACCCCCGGGCUGCCGGCCGUGGGGGGCGGCAGCGGCCGAGCGUCCCCCGCGUACAGCACGAGCAGCCAGGCGGAGGGCUCGGACACGGGCAGCCUGGCCAGCGAGCGCUCCUCCGCACGCAGCGUCUCCCUCAGGAAGAUGAAGAAGCCCCCGGCCCCCCCUCGCAGGACCUACUCGCUGCACCAGAAGGCCGACGGGGACCCCAAGGUGCUGGGGCUGCCCCCCAAGCCCGACCGGCGGAGCCAGCGGGAGAGCGGCGUGCCCUGGUCGCCGCGCCCCGAGCCCUUCAGCCCCACGGCCGAGGAUGAGGUGUUCUCCCCGUCGUCGCUGAGCGAGACCAGCAGCCUCCGCUCCGAGAGCCUGGCGGGCGCCAGCUCCCCCGAGGCCCUGCGGGGCAGCCCCGGGGUGACGCUGGUGCUGAGGGAGCCCCAGGCUCAGCCCAAGUGGAGCUGCACGGACGGGUCCGACCGCACCAUGUCCCCCUCCAGCGGCUACUCCAGCCAGAGCGGGACGCCCACGCUGCCCACCAAGGGGCUGGGACCCCCAUCCGUGUCCCCAGGCAGGGCUCAGCCCCAGAAGCCGGACCGGCUCUGCUCCCUGCAGUCGCCAGCGCUCUCCGUGUCCUCCUCCCUCACCUCCAUCUCGUCCUCGGCCUCGGACCCGGCCCCCCCCGAGCCCCUGUCGUGCCGCUCGGACCGGUUCAUCAUCCCGCCGCACCCCAAGGUGCCGGCUCCCUUCUCCCCGCCGCCCACCAAGCCCCAGCAGCCCGCGGCCGCCGCCGCCCGCCUCCUCCCCUCGCCGGACCCGCCGGCACCCAGCACUGCCAGCCAGGAGCCGUCGGCCAAGCCCAGCGCCAAGUCUCCGCCGCCGUCGCCGCCGCCUGCCUACCACCCGCCUCCCCCGCCGGCCAAGAAGGCCGAGGGGACUCCCCAGGCCACCAGCGAGGCCCCGGCCGAGGCCGCGUGGCCCCCUCCACCCCCACCGUCGUCCGAGGACCACGACCUGGCCAUGGCAGACUUUCCCCCUCCGGAUGAAGCCUUUUUCAGCGACGCCGUGCCGGCUCCUAAAGCAGCACCGAGCCCGGGGGUCGUGUCGGCUGCCGCCUCCUCGCACAGCCAGCGGCCAGACCCACCGCCCGCGGCCCCGCAGCCCCCGGCCCCCGCCGAGCCCCCUCCCGCAGCCGCCGUGCCGCCGCCGCCGCCUCUGCCCCCGCCCUCAGCUCUGGCUCCGCCACCCCAAACCGGCCUUAAGAAGGCGGCCAACGGCCCCGUGGCAGACGCCAAGAAGGAGGCGGCGGCGCGGAGCAAGAGCGGCGCGGUGCCCAAGGAGGACGCCAGCCUGCCCAUCGUCACGCCCUCGCUGCUGCAGAUGGUGCGGCUGCGCUCCGUCAGCGUGGAGCCGCCUGCCGCGGCCGGGCCCGAGGAGCGCCCGGCGCCGCAAAAGCCCGUCCGCCGCUCCCUGUCCACGCGGCAGCCGCCGCCCGCCAAAGACGUGGUGCCUUCCAACCAGCUCCUCCAGGCCGUGCACCUCAAGGCGGCCGCCUUGGCCUGCGGCGAGGCCCUGGAGAAGCCGGCGGGCGGCAGAGCGGCUGCGGCCGGCCCCGAGGGGCCCCCCGGCGACGGGCAGCUCUCCCCCAGGCACAAGUCGCCGGCCUCCACCGCCAGCUUCAUCUUCGCCAAGAGCUCCAAGAAGCUGGUGAUCGAGACGGCCUCGUCCCCCGAGGCUCAGGCCGACCUGAAGAGGAACUUGGUGGCCGAGCUGAUGAAUUUCUCGGGGCAGCGCUCGGCAGCCUCAGCCGCCACCCAGCAGGGCCCCGGCGCGGCACAAGCGCCCCGCAAACCCGGCAAGAUCCCUCCUCCGGUAGCCAAGAAGCCUUCGCUGGGCCCGGGGCCGGCUCCUUCCCCCCUGAGCCCAAAGGUGCUGGGGGCAGAGGCGCUGGGUUCCCCCGGGCCGCAGGGAAAGGCCACGGCGGCGCCAGCGGACCAGAGCAGGACUAAGAGCGAGGCGGCGGGAGCAGCCGGCAGCAGCACCAUGGAGACAGCGCCUCAGAGCCUCCCUGCACCAGAUGGACGGGGAGCCACAGCCUGAAGGAGGGAGCUGCAGGACUGGUGCCCCCACAGACAGGAAUCCAAAUCUCUCAGGGACCUGGGCAGGUCAACAGAGGAGUGUGGAACUGGCAACUAACUUAAUACAGGAAGCAAACAGCCUUAGCCUCCACGGCCUUGAUGAUAUUUAUGCAAAAAUGGUGUUGGUUUCUCUUUCCUGAGUCCUACAGCUUUACUUUGCUUCGUCGUUGUUGUUUCUUGAGCUGGAGCCGAGGCCGUGCCCAGCUGCCGCCUCCUCCCCCAGCAGCAGCCGCGCCAGGAGCUGCGGGGCCCAAGGAGCUGGGGCUGCUCUGCUCCCAGCCCAGCCCCUGAGCAACUGAAGCACUUUGGAGGAAGGAAGGGGAAGGCUUUGGCCACGGCAGCACCCAAGGGAACGCGGGACAGAGGCGCUGGCUGAGAGGGACCAAGGCCACGGCCCUCGAGGGAAAGGCAAGAGGCGGCUCGUGGCCAGCGCAGGCUCUGGGCACUCGCCCGCUGCCCGGCCCAGGCAGCCCCCAGCUGUGCUGGCUGCAGGGUGCAGGGGGAGCCUCAACUGGUGUCUGUGAACUCGGGACACAUUUUGAUGUCUUUGAUUGUAAAAAAAAAAACCAACCAAACCAAAACCAAACCCAAAAACCCCAACUCUGACCCCAAGCCUCUGCCACCGAGCAGCUGCUCAGAGCUCUGUACCUGGCUGGUAAAAACGAUGACUGAA